GAGUGAGGCGGCCCGCGACACCCUGACGCCAGGCGAAAGCAGAUCCGGUCGGCUCGGGUGAACGCGUCGUGCUCGGCAGAGGCGGUGGAGGAGGAGGAGGAGGAGGAGGUCCAGGAGGUCAUUCAGAUAUCCGGGUCCUUUAUUGGCAGUAUUUCCCGUUGCGCUUUUUUGCCAUUUGGAGUCUACAAACAAAAAACCCCCCCCACAAGGAUCUGAAGUGUGAAGUCUGGCGGUGCGCUAGUCGACGCAGGAAUGAACGUCACGUCACUGUUUUCCUUCACCAGCCCGGCAGUGAAGCGCCUCCUGGGCUGGAAGCAGGGCGACGAGGAGGAGAAGUGGGCCGAGAAGGCUGUGGACGCUCUUGUCAAGAAGCUGAAGAAGAAGAAGGGCGCUAUGGAGGAGCUGGAACGCGCGCUCAGCUGCCCCGGCCAGCCCAGCAGCUGCGUGACCAUCCCGCGCUCGCUGGACGGACGACUGCAGGUGUCGCAUCGUAAAGGGCUGCCGCACGUCAUCUACUGCCGCGUGUGGCGCUGGCCUGACCUGCAGUCACACCACGAGCUCAAAGCGCUUGAGUGCUGCCAGUUUCCGUUCGGGUCCAAGCAGAAGGACGUCUGCAUCAACCCGUACCACUACAAGAGGGUGGACAGUCCAGUUCUGCCACCGGUUCUGGUGCCUCGGAACAGCGAGUUCAACGCCAAGCUGUCCAUGCUGCCUCGAUUCCGCAACCCGCUGCACCAGACUGAGCCCCACAUGCCCCACAAUAUUAAAUAUCCAGAAUCAUUUACCCAGCAGCCGAGCAACAGCUUACCAUUUGGCCCCAGCUCGCCUUCCAACAGUUACCCUGGGUCGCCCAACAGCGGUACUGCGAGCAGCACCACCUUCCCACACUCACCGGGCAGCUCUGAGCCCAGCAGUCCCUUUCAGAUGCCAGAAACUCCGCCACCGGCAUACAUGCCUCCCGAGGAGCCGAUGACGCAGGACUGUCCCCAGCCGAUGGACACCAACCUGCUGGCCCCAAAUCUGCCUGUAGAAGUCAACAACAGGACAGAUGUGCAGUCAGUGGCCUAUCAAGAACCCAAGCACUGGUGCUCCAUCGUCUACUACGAGCUGAAUAACCGGGUUGGAGAAGCCUUCCAGGCGUCUUCGACCAGCGUCCUGGUGGACGGCUUCACCGACCCGUCCAACAACCGCAACCGCUUCUGCCUGGGCCUGCUGUCCAACGUCAACCGCAAUUCCACCAUCGAGAACACACGCCGGCACAUCGGCAAAGGCGUGCACUUGUACUACGUAGGAGGUGAGGUUUAUGCCGAGUGCCUGAGCGACAGCAGCAUCUUCGUGCAGAGCCGCAACUGCAACUACCACCACGGCUUCCACCCCACCACCGUGUGCAAGAUCCCGAGCGGCUGCAGCCUCAAGAUCUUCAACAACCAGGAGUUUGCCGAGCUGCUCGCCCAAUCCGUCAACCACGGCUUCGAGGCCGUCUACGAGCUCACCAAGAUGUGCACUAUCCGCAUGAGCUUCGUCAAGGGCUGGGGUGCUGAAUACCAUCGUCAGGAUGUGACUAGCACCCCCUGCUGGAUCGAGAUCCACCUCCAUGGACCGCUGCAGUGGCUGGACAAGGUUCUCACUCAGAUGGGCUCUCCUCACAACCCUAUCUCCUCCGUGUCCUAAAAACUCUUCCGUUUCCGGUGGGGACGUGCAGGUGGAGAGAGGAGGGCAUUGGGUUAAUGAGGACAGUGAUGGGGCGGGGUAGUUGUACAUGAUUUGACUGGCAGCAGGGCAAUGUCCUCAGUCAGCGAACAUCUGGAAGAUACUUGAUAACUCUGUGUGACCAAUUCCUAAUCGUUGAUGAGGCCAUCGUACUCGUUGCAAGUAUCCUCCUCCAGUCUUGUGACAGCAGGCACUUUCCUACUUCCCAUUUUCUUCUUUCCAUUCUUUCCUUUUCUUCUUUUUUUAUGUUUGCCAAAUACACCAGUAUUCCAUUGAAUGGGGGAUUUGUGUAGGUACAGCGACUAUACAGUAGACUGGGUUAUGUGACGUGACUGACCUGCUUAGAGCUAAAAACGAGUAAACGGUAGCCCUCGUGCGUCAGAUGAACUUUCUAGAAAGCGCGUGUGCUGCAUAGAACAAAACGUAUUCAAAAUGUUAUGCUUCUUUUUUUGUUUGUUUUUUGCAAGAAAAUGUAGCAAAAAUGAGGGAAAAAAAAAAAACAUUAGCGGCGGGGGGGGAAGGCGAGGAAGUGGUGUAAGGGGAAGACGAUUCUGCGGAUUCAAUGGCAUGGCGUAGUAGAGUAGGAGCGCAUAGGCAGACUCUACUUUUAUUGCGUCCGACUGAUUUCAGACGAUUGUAAAGGUAGUGUAUAUUAGUAGAUGUGCUGAUUAUUAGAGGAAAUGCUGUGCAGUCUGGUUUUAUUACUGUAUUUUAUUUUUAUUUGCCAGUCUCAUUUGAACAGAUGAGAGUAAUAAGUAUUGGGGGAACGAGGCGAGCACUGUUGACCGAAUUCCUAAAAGAAAUGCAUCCCUUUAUCCUAAACAUUUAUGCAAAAUGACACACAAGUUCAUUCCCAUCUAUGAAAAUGAAAUCAGGCUGAAGGGCAGAUCUCCUGACAUUCAUUCAUGUUUGUGUAUUUGGAUUAAUUUAUUUUUUAUUUUUUCAGCCCAGUGUUGCUCGAUAUCUCUCUCAGGGCCAGAUGCUGUACAUCAGGAGGCGUUUGUGCCAGUAGUUGCAUGCAGCCUGAUGUUUAAAAACAAACGAGAAUUUGUGGACACCUGACAUAAGUCCCAGCAUUCUUCUGGGAAGACGUUCCACUAGAUUACCGAGUGUGUCUGUGGAGAUUUGUGCUCAUUCAGACAGUUUGUAAAG